GCGAGAUAGAUGGAGCCGCAGCUGCGCGUCUGUUAAUACCAGCGCUCGACCCUCGACGUCCCCGCGCGCGCAAUUCACUCCACACGCACACACACAGGGACGCGCACACACACUGAGCUCAAGGCAGGAAGAUGCGAGCGGGGAUUUAGUUUCAGCGUCUUUUCCAGUCUCCAGCAGAUUAAUACGGAUUUACACACGAGAAACAAGUUUUGAGGUUCCUCUUCCCCACACGGAAUAUGAUGCAGAAUUCCCCAAUUUUUCUGGAAAUAAACUGGAUAAGGAAACACUCUGAUUUGUUGGCCGAUUAUCAAUGAACUCAGUUCCCUAAAGAACAAAGUAUUUUUCAGCAAGAAAAACCUGAUAGUUGGAGUUUUGAUUUUUGGAUAUGGCAGCAACUGAGGCUAAUGCAGAGCCUGUCCAAGCGGACGUCGUUGAGACCAAAGCUGAGGUAGAAACCACAAAUGCAGAGCCAGCCCCAGCUUCAACAGAGGAAACCCAGCCUACUACUGAGCCAACCACUAACACAGAGCCCCCAACCGAUAGCAAAUCUAAGCCAGCCUCUGAGAAAAUAUGGGACUCUUUUUUAAACAAAAGUGGGCUUGGAAAAGUAAUGGGAGGUAAGAAGAAGAAAGAGCAGCACACAGAACCUGAGGACGCCACUGGUGAGGAGCACGAUAAGACGUCAAAUCAGAACGAACAUGGAGAUACAGAAGAGCCCAAAGACCAGGCAUCUAGUCAACCGGUAGAGGCUGCCGAGGCUGCAGCUGAUGGCCCGGCGAUUGAAAAAGCACCAGAAAGUGAAGAGGCCUCCCAAGAGCAAAAGGAAGCUGGUGCCAAGCCAAAGCAAGGGGAAAAGUCUAGCGUUAGGGACUUUAUCCGCAACCCUGUUGCUAAAAUUUUCUCACACAAAAGCACAGAGAAGAAAGAUGGUGACGUAAAACAGGCCGCCCCUGUUCGGUCGAAAUCAUUAGACAGGCUGCAAGAUGCUGAUGCCAGCACAGUUGUGGCAGACCAAACAGAGGACCCUCAGGCUGCAAAUGAGCCAGACAAGGCUAACUCUCAAACAACAAGACAUGUGAGACGUUGGCACUCCUUUAAGAAACUUAUGGCUCAGAAAAGUCACAAAAAAAGCACAGAUGAUCCCAAGGAUGCUGAGGGGGCAGACGGAACCAGCGCAGAUGGAGCCGGUGACACCGGGACGUUGGAUUCCACCACAAAGUCAGAACCCACUGGGCAAAAAAGGUGGAAACUGAAGAGAUCCUGGACAUUUCAAGGCAUAAAGAGAGAUUCAUCAGUUGUUGGGAUAAACAAGCCUAAAGAUAAAGACACUUCGGAUGUGAAAGAUGAAAAUGCAGCCGAGGAAGAACAGGGUACGGAAGAUGUUAAGGUAGCCAGCGAUGCAGAAACACAGGAGAAGACUAAUGCUGAGGGUGAAGAGGAGAAAGGAGCCACCGCUACUACACAGCAUGCAAAAUCUGCGGACCAUCAUGCAAAUGAGAUCUGGACCUCUUUCAAAAAACGAGUUGCUCCCAAGUCAAAGAAGGCAGCUGACACUGGUGCAACAGAGGAGGAACCAGCGGGUGAGCAUGAGCAGACCGAUGAACCACAGGCGGGUAAAGACUCGGGCAAGACAGCCAAGGCAAAAAGGACACACUUUAACCGUGCUGUGUCACUAAAGAACUUCAUAAUGCGAAAGGGGAAGAGUACCAGCGUGGACAUGGGGGAGGGUUCGGCUGUGCAGAAGGAGGGCGAUGGUACCGGCGAGGGUCAAGCUAAAGACACGGACGGUCUUGAUGAUGCAACUGGGGCAGCCGAUGUCCCACAGACUGUAUCAGAGGAACAGACUGAAGCUCAGAGUGAGAGCAAUAAUGAAGCUCAGGUGGCAGACGAGCACAAAAGUUCAGAUGGAGAGGAGAAGUCCCACACUGGCACACCAUCUGUUGAGCCAUCAGACAAGUCUCAUCCAGUAGAUCCAUCAUCAGAGGGCGGCUGCCAGACAGAGCCUAAAGCCAACGGUGAGAACGGAUGCUCGGAUGCUACGUCAGAAGACACCACAGCACACAAUCAUGAUGCAACUACCGAGAAUGAUGUGAAGGAUGAGGAGACCAACCAAGAGACUAUAGACUCUAGUGGCAAAACUUGUCCAAAGGAUGGAAAGGUUCUCAAUCAAGAUGGAAAGUGUGAUACGGUCAAUGCAGUUGCCCAAAGCGAAUAAAAGGCGGGAAACGUGUGACGCCACACAAAGAGGAUUAAAUCUGCAUGGGAUUCGUUCAGCGAGGAGCUUUGCCCCCCUCCCCCCAAAAUAUGGAGUAAUCACAUGUUUACGCCACGAUUCACCAUGGUGAGAGAUGCAAUCCACAUAGUUUAAAAAAAAUCUUGAAAGCAAUAAUUCAGAUUCAUCAAUCAGUGCAGUCUUUGCUACCAUUCCGUCACUGUAAAUGUUUUGCUUGUCUACUAGUGAGAUUUUAUAUUGUCAUAAAUGACAUUCCUUUGAAAAUGUUAAUCUCAUUGAUCACAAAGUAUCGUGAUCAUAAAGACUGUUAGUUUUAUAUUAAUUGCCAUUCUGUUUGUAGUUUUCCUUUUACUAGAUAUCCCUAAUGUGAUACACAUUGGAAAUAACAGCCUGUCAGAUUGCCCCAUCAAUUGUGAAUUCAAUAUGGAACGUGCGCUAAUCUGUGUUUUUGUUUUUAGUCUGUUACCUUGUGUACAUGAAUAAACCUCCAUUAAACAGUAAAUAA